CGUUAAUGUUACCUUAGAAAGAAUUAUUAGGAAAGGAGGAAGAUUUCAAUCUGAAUAAAUUUCGGGAUUCUUUAUAUCUUAGAAUGUCGAGUCCAAGUACAUUAAAAGUGAGCAGCACAUGUAAAGAGGAUAAUUCAGUUAAAAAAUCCUCAAAAUCCUCUCUAUAUACUGAUUUUUAACAUAGAAAAAGGUGGGUUAAAUAUUUAUUAAUAGUGCUCCAUCAUUUGAUGAAUUACUUAAAACUAUGAAUACUAAUAGUGGAUUAACAUCAUAACUAAAUGGAUCCAAUCAAAAAAAAAGUAGAAAUGAUUCAUCAAGAAAAAUGAGUGGAAUAUAAAAUAAAAUAGAAAGUUUUGGUAGUAAUGAAAUAAAUUAGCUUACAAAAUUAUCACCACCGUAAUGCUUAUAUAAAUUUUAGAUUUAUAAACAAUUAGCCUAUGUAUUAAUCUACAAAAUCUUCAUAAAAAAGAACCACAUUCUCGAGUAGUAUUACAGAAAAACCUGUUUUUAAUAAGGGAUCAGGCAAAUCAAUUUAAGAUAAAUUAUCCUUAAAAGAAUUGAUAGAACUACGUAGCAAAGUAGAUAAUAGUACUUAAUCAGAAGUUCAUUAACUAUCAGCUAAUUAUGUUUAAGAGUUAGUAAAAUUAUCUUAAAUUAUAACAAAGCAAGUUAGGAAUGUAAAAUAUUGA